GUAUUACCAAAUCGUUUUAGUUUCUUUGGAUUGUCUUUUUUCACGGACAUAAUGCUCAACUGGCAUGAGCUCCGAAUGCUCAUGAUAUUUCAAGUGGCCAUGAUAUUCAUGGUCCAAAAUGUAUUUCAAAUAUAUUCGACAUUUGGACAACAGUUAAAAUCAACAGAUGAUUAUCUUCAACAGGCAGAAAGAGUUUCAAAAAAUGACUUUUAUCGGUUUAUUAACAACUCAAACUUUUACUCAACACAUGCACAAUGGAUAACCGACGACACCAAUGUGUCAGUUCUCUGGUGGGAAAAUGUGAUUGCGAUUCAACAAGUUGGUAUAUUUGUUGGCUCCAUAUUGUUUGGCUACAUUUCUGAUCAUUUUGGGCGCCAAAAAGUUUGCCAGUAUAGCCUUCUAAUCUCAUCAGUGAUCUUACUUGUCGAAGGAUUUCUCUCAUCGACUAUACUAAUUGCAUUAUGUCGAUUUAUAAUUGGUACUCAAACUGGAGCAAUCAUUGUCGUUUCAUGGAGCCUUACCACAGAAUUAAUUUCUCCAAGAACAAGAUUUCUAGCUCGAGCUUUUGCAAACUGGCCUACCGGUAAAUUUGCUCUUGCAUUAAUUUGUUUUUUCUCUCAAAAUUGGAGAAUUUCACUUCACGUUUGUGCGGCAUUUACCUUAUUUGGAGCACUUCUCUAUAUAUUCUUUGUUCCUGAAAGCCCUACUUAUCUUCAAUGUCACGGGAAACGCACAGAAGCCCAUAACAUUGUCGCCGACGUUUUCAAAAAUUCAAACGGCAAAUGUGUGAUUGCAUUACCUGGUGGAAUUCGCUCAAAACCGCUAACAUUUCGACAAAUUUGGAAAAAAGAAAAAUACAGAAAUGUUAUUAUUUUGUUUGGUUCUAUCUGGGUAAUGACCAAUUUCACCGCAACUAUGUUGGAUUUUUCGGAAGUUAUAAUUUUUCACAACAAUUUGAUUCUCAGUCAGAUGCUUCUUGCCGGAGUACCUGCCAUUUGUAAAAUUCUUCUUGGUUUGGUAGAAAUAUAUUUUGGAAUUAUUAGCCGUCGAAAUCUUCAUUUGAUUUCUCUUUGUAUAAACGGAAUCUCCAUGUGUGCAUCCGGAGUGCUCAUACUCUUUGGACUUCAAAAAAACUACCCAACAAUUUAUGUAUUAGUGUUCCUUAUUGGAUACGCGUCAAUCGAAUUUAUUUGGGAUGCAUGUUACCUUUGCGUUGUGGAACAAGUUCCCACCGAAGUUCGAGGUACCAUUAGUGGAGCAUGCUCAUUUCUGUCAAGACUUUCUGGAAUACUGGCCUCCAAAAUGACAAUUGUGAAGCAAAGAUGGGAACCCGCACCUCUUUUCAUCGCUUUUGCCACCGCCAUCAUACAUUUCUUAAUUGCUUUUUUCUUUUUGAAUGAAAGCAAAGACGCGAAUUUGGGAGAAAUCGGAUUUACAUUGCGAAGAAUCAGUCAAAAAGUGUCACAGAAAAUACACCAAAUUAGGAAUAUGACAAAAAAGGAAAAACAACCAUCAGAAUCAACUGUUCCAGCGGUUUCUAAAAUUAGGAAAAACGAUAUAAGCGGCCCUGUGUUGGCUGAAAUACAAUUGGGAGAAGGAAAUAAUGUUCCAUAGAAGUUGGUCUUUUAUUUGUGAACAAUAAACAGUUACACGUUUU